AAACAAAGUGGCCGUUCUCUCCGUGUAGCCGUCGCGAAAGAUAUCGUAUCGGCCGGCGGGUGCACAGCGCGCGAGCGAGACUGCGAGGGCGAGGCGAGAGGAGAUGGAAAAGUUGCCGGGAGCAUCCGGAGACUCGGGGGGUGAGACUCGCGAGAGGAUCGGAUUCGGGGGACUCGGCUGAAGCGAGCUGAGACGCCGAGGAGAAAGCAGGAGGAAGGAGAAAUGUACGACACACACGUAUACACUUUUGUACACCGCACCCGCGCGCCCGAUCUUCCGUUCUUUGACAGCGGAGGGUUGCGUGGUGGGGGCCUCGUCCGAGGUCCACGACGGGGGGUGGUCUGGUACGCGGUUGGAUCUGGACAGCCACCAGGACGUUCGAGUAUUUAAGGGAGGUCCACGGCCGGUGCGCGCCAGUUUCAUAUCGCCGCGCUUCGACCAGCACGAGGUUCGAUCAUUCCGAUUUCGAAUUAGAGGACCGAGGCUCGCCGCGGUCCACUAUCGCUCGUCGGCAGCUCCCGCUUUGCGCGCAUGCGAUAUUAUUAUUGCAAACGAACAUGACGAGAUCUCGGUCACCGUACAGUGCGUAGAAGGAACAACGGGAACGACGCUUUGCACGUGGUGCGGACGCUUCGAGACAGUUCGAAAAGCAGCAGACGAAGUGACCGGAAAGCGACGACGCGCGUGUGAGGUCUAACCGGUGCCUCAUCGAUGCCGCUGGCAUUGAGUCUGCUUCUGGUGCUCCCGAUCGUCGGAGCUCUUCACCGGAAUAACGAGAUCUUUGUGCCGCCAACGAGCGAUAAUAUAACAAGGGGCUACGAGGAGUAUACGAGAGAGGAAGAUUCACGGGCACUUUCAGUAACGAAGAUUCUUCCGGAAGGCCAAGUCGAGAGGAUCGCCAGGUGGAAAGGAAUUUGCACGAAGGAGACGAUCGUCGAUUGGGGCCACACGAACGUCGCACUGAGGGAAAUCUUUUUGGGGGACAGCGAGAGAAAGCUUCAGUUGAUAUACGAGGGUGACAGAUUGACCGAUUGCAUCGAGGCCAAUCUGAACGACGAUGAUGACCUUGAUUGCUCGUUUAAUCAGCGGAAAGAAGAAAAAUCAACGAAGCCGGAGAUGAGAAUCGAGGUCCUCGAGGGCGACGAGAUCUACGAGAAUUUUCCGAUUUUCCGAUGGCUCGAUUCGAGGAUAAAUCUUCGCGAGCGUUGCGUCCACGCGAGAGCGAGGGCUCGCGAGCAGUCGGUGCUUCGGCAGAAGCACAGGCACAGGAAUUUACCGAAGGAAAAUAUAGCUCGAAGAUUGAUGAUAAAGAAGCGGACAGAGAGGAUACGGAGAGGUAGAAGCAGGAGUCGGAGUCGUAAGAGAAGAGAAAUACUGCUGAUCCCCGGUACGCAAUGGUGCGGACGGGGUAAUCGAGCCACGAAAUACACGAAUCUCGGGGCGUUCGGGAAGGCCGAUUCCUGUUGUCGAAGACACGACACCGCCUGCCCGUUUUACAUUCCUGCUUUCGAUUCCCGUUACGGCCUCUUCAACUGGGGCAUUUCUACGAUAAUGCAUUGCACUUGUGACGAGCGUUUUCGUACGUGCCUCAAAAUGGCCGGUACAUCCUCGGCGAAUUUCAUCGGAAGGAUAUUCUUCAACGUUGUGCAGACCAAAUGUUUCGUGCUGAAGCCCCACAAGGUUUGCACGCGCCAGAGUUGGUGGGGGAAGUGCGAAAAACACGAGUACAAGAAACAAGCUCAUCUGAGGAACAAUGUUCCUUAUUGAUGUCGGCGGUUCAACGGGCCUCGCAAAUACUCACACAGCUCGCUUUCGCCGCGUCUCCGAGCGGAACACCUUCGACCGGCCUCACGGAGGAUGCAUCGAUCCCUCGCAACCCUCGCAACAAUAAGCGGAAAACUCGCCCAUUUUUUCCCACCCGAUCGAAACUCUCCGACACGAGGCAUUGUUGUUUCGCGCUUUUAACUCUUCGAUAGUCGCGAUAAGAGGAUCUCUCACAGCCAAUAGCCAAUUCCUGUGCGACGCUCCCCUCCAACCGCACCGAACGCUGCCGAAAACUACUGGACAGCGGCCGAGUCGACCCGAGCCAUGGGUACUCGCCAACCGAUUUUAGUCGCACAGUGGGAGAAAGUCACGCUCACGCUACCCGGUGGUAGGAAAGAAAAUAAUUUUUUUCCUGAAAAAAACAUUUCUAUAAAAGUACUAAUAAUAUAUUUGAUUGUUCGACAAGUUGAAAAAAAAUUUAGAUUACUCUCCGAUUUUUUACUGAAAUUAAAGUGUGAGAGAAAGUCUCAUGGCGCGACUAUCGAAGGGGUUAAGAGUAUCUUAUAAUAAUAUACCUCUGCGUAACGAGAGAUUGUCGAAUAGCACAAUCGAAAUAGUGUCAAAGACUCAGGGACGUGAUAUAAUUACACCGUUGCUUAAAAUCGGCUCGUCAAUUUAUGUAAUUAUUCACAACGCGUGACUAUCGAGAUAUUAAAAAAAGUCGAGGGGAACGGUGAUAUAAGUUAUGAAAAAAAAAGAAGACGAUGUCAAUUUGAAAGAUUAAUGACCGCAUGCCGGGUCAACGAGGAGGAAACUUUUGACUGUUUUUAUUUUUCUUUUCUUUAUUUAAACAUUUUUUUUACACUUCAUACAUCCUUUACUUCUCGCGCUCACUGCCAAACGAGAUUUCGUAUUCUAUUUUCAAACUAACUUAUAUAGACGAAACAUAUUAGAAACUCGAAUGCGUAGCUGGGCUACUCGAAACAAUAAAAUAAUAUGGAGUACUCUCGACCAUUCUUGAGAAUAUCGUCGGGAUAAGCAGUCCAAUUCAGUCGUGUUUAUUUUAAUGACGGCUAGUUUGUGCUAAUACGCAUGGGGGCCGACCGAGGCAGGAUGGGCUACUUCUUUUAGGCAGUCAAGAAAUUUGAAGAAAAAAUAUUGGAAAAAACCCAAAAAAAAAGAAAUUUGGAAAAAAAAUCAAUUUUUUCCGAGUACCCCGUUUUGCCCCGGUCUUUCCUGUAUCCGUGUGUGUAUAAUGUAUUAAAACAUCGCGAUUAGGUCAGAAAACUGUCGCUUGCAGUAUGUGAAUUUUUUCUCGGUUCAUAAUUUUUAAUGUUGCUCCAUUGAAAGAAAGCACCAAGAUUUUUUUGUCUUCACUUAUUUUCCUCGGUUCAAUUAAAAAACGAAAGAUUCGAUUGUACAUUUAUUCACAUAAUAUUUAAAACUCGAUCGGGCAGUUUGAAAAAUGAAUUUAAAAAAAUGACAGUUACUGGUUCUGCGCUGGAACGAUAGGAAUACUGACGGAAUUUUCUACAAGGACGAAUGACAAACAAUGUUAUCGAUACUCGUUUCGUUGUGAUGCAACAAAAAUUUAUUUUUCUAUUUGUCCACUUUCGUUGUCUGAAAAUGGUUGUUUUUAUUUUUUGUUUUAUUUAUUACAUACUGUACCGAAAUUCACAACAAAGCUCUGGACAAUACGAAAAAUGUUGGUUGCGCACGCGAUUCGCCAAUCAUGUAAUACAUACAUCAUGGAUAAAAAGUGAAAAAAUACACUUGCAGUAUUUAUCUAAAAGCAUAAGAUAAUAUAUUGACUAAAUUCCUGUCCUCGUUGCUUUUGAAACAAAAGAAAUUGAGCACGUGCAAAAGAGAUGAUUAAACGGUGAUUUAUACACGAUCGAGGAAAAUGCGUAAUAUGGUUAAUAGAAAAGGGUAAAUCGUACCGAAUUUCAAGUUCACAGAAAAGUACAUUCGUAGAAUGAUAUUUACACAAUUUUCAAUUUGUGAUAGGCAAUUUUUUAUAUAUAUGUAAUCAAUAUGUAACGAAAGUAAGGAUUAUGUAAUAAAGAGAAAAUGAGUGACAAAAAUGCAUGGAAA